AAUGAACGUAGGCAAGGAUUGAAUCGUCAACAGAGGUCUAAAAGGCCUGAACAGCAAAUUUACCGUCCAGGUCAACUUCGUCAGAGCAAAGUAUGCAAAUCAGGGGAGAGAAGUGGUGAUAUUGGUAGAGAUGAUGAUGAUAGUUUAGCAGGGGCGGACGCCUGGGUAGGAGGUGAAUUGCAAGUAAAUUCAACUGAUGAAGAUAAAGGUAAUGGCAGCAGAGAAAGUAGUGGGGACAUCACUUAUGAUGAUAUUAAUCAACGCCUGGACAACCUCUACAUUGAAUCUCCACCACGUGAAAUUGAUUCCAAGACCAAGCGAGAUACAAAUGAUACUCUGUCAGCACAUGAUGAUGAUGGUGUGUGUUCCACUAGUACACACAGCCCUGAUGACAAAAGUUGGACAGCUGAUAGAGAAAAAGAUGGUGGAAAGCGCAGAGGCAAAAGACCUGACAUAAAAAUAUAUGUGCCGCGAGCAAGGUUAGGGGACAGGGAGAAAAAAAGUGAGGAAAAGGAUGAUGUAUUUGAGAGUGCAUCGCCGUCACGGAGUAAUGACUGUAGAGAUAAAGGGUUUGAUAAGAUGUUACCAGAACAGCUGGAUGAAAUUGUUGUCUCUGACUCUGCAGACAGCCUCAGAAAAGUGCAAGUCAAGACUAAAGGGGGUGCCAUGAAAGUUACUGUCAUGAACGAGUCAUUAACAUCUGGUGGGGAAAAUUCUCCGACUUUACCACGCAAAGAAUUGGGGCCUGUGCGGGGGAAGAAUUAUCAGAAGCCGGUACAAAAUACCAGAGCUUCUCCUGGGCCGGAUGCCAAUUUGAAACAAAAAAAUAAAGAUUUUGAUAAUAAGGCAAUAGUGCCUCCUCGAGGUACGGAAAAAUUCAGCCGCCAGUUUGAGAGUAGCAAGAAAGGUAAAGGGAAACAUGAAUUUGGUCAUAAUGAGGUAACGGUAAGUCAAGAUAUUAGAAAAAAUUUUCCACAGAAAGUUGAACGGUCUGUUAAAUCAUUGAACAAAAACCGAAGGUCAAAUUCCAGUGACUCAAGGCCUAAAGAUCAUGGGAAAAGUGAAGCAAACAGUUGUCAGUCAGAUAAAGGUCAAUUUUCAAGUGAAACUUUUCCUCGGACAAAGGUUCCUAACAACAAAAGCUCCAAGACAGGUGGAAAAGAUACAUUCACUCAGAGCAAAAACGGGAAAGAUACAUAUGGUACAAACAAAGGUCCAGUCCGUGAAGGGGAGAAAUUUUACUGGGGCAUGCGAAGACAAAGAACAGGGAGCAUUAGUAGUGAGGCCAGUAUUGCAAGCAAUCCGAGCAAUGGAUCCUUCUACAGUGGAAGCAGUGAUUUUACAGAAGAUGAUGAACCCGAGCAUAUUUUAAACUGGGGAGAGGAAGUUGAGAAGGCCCAUCUUGAAGAGCUGGCUCGGCUGGUCCAUGACGGGGCAAAGAAAUUAACAAACAGUCUGGAUUCUUAUCCAGGGUUUGGCCCAACGGAGGGCAAUGCUGGAACUGAAAAGAAAAUAGAGGUUCCUUCUACGUUAGAUCGUCAAAAGUCUGUUUCAGCUGAUGAAAUUUAUCAUGGUAAAGCUAAGGAGGGCGGGAGGACACGACAUAGAAGACACAGGCACAGAAAAAACUCUUCACGUCAGGGAAGUCGAGAUUCUUCUGUUCACAGCAGUAUUCAUGGGGAAGAUGGUUUCAGUGAAAGAGGCCACAGGCGGAGGAGGAGGCAGCGUCGGAACUCUCAGGGAUCCCAAGGAGGCUAUGAACAUCACCACAAUCGUCUACAGCAGAAACAACAGCAGCAGCAACACGAAGACAGGCACUAUGCAGAAAGUGGUGGGGAUUCUGGCCGAAAUAACAGGUCAGGUCUGCAAGUUACCAUUGGUGACCACAACAGGCAUGUGGAAAUCAGUAGAAGUGGUGGGCCUCGGCAGAGGCAUCGGAGUGAUGAGAAGUGGGACCCUAAUAAUGUGAGAGAUUAUGACGUAGAAGAAGGAGAAGAGGACUGGGAGAGAAAUUAUGAUUAUGGGGAAGACAGAGAAUUUAAAAGAGAUGAUAGGCAUGGUCAGCAGAAAUGGGAAAAAGAGCAUCCGCCACGGUUCAAGAGAGAAGGUGUAGGUGCUGGUAGAAGUAGAAGAGGAAGUGUUAGGGAUGAGAUCCAGAGACAGCAGAGUGGGAGAGAGAAAGAAGAAAGAAACAGACAUGAGGAGCAUGGAAAUAAUGAAGAGAGGGGUGAGUUAAAACAAGAAAAGGACUUUGAUCAAAGGCACAGUGGUGAUCAGAGGGCAGUACAUCCAGCACAUGAUGCAAGUGCUGGGGGCAGGAGCUGUCAGCGAGGAGGUAGGGGACAGGGAAGAAAUGUUAACAAAGCCAAAAGCCGAAGGAGAGAUGAGAGAGAUGAAAACUGCAAUCAGCAUGAGCAGCGACAUCCCAUUCAGAGAGCGGGCUCUUUAAACCAUGAAGACACCGCCGCAUCCCAGAAAGCCAGAGGUGGCGGAUUGCUCCGGCUGCCGAGCCAACCAGAGCCACCACGCCCUCACAGCAACCCAAGCCCCGCCAGUCAUGCUGAUCACGCAUUUCAUCACCACGCUGAUAACUUUGGCGGAGGUGGGCCUUCUAGCAGUGCACAGGGGUCCAACACUCGUGGUCCAGCGCAGGGCAAACGUCAUCUCUUCGACCCCAAAAACCCAUCAAAGCCCAUAAUGGUUCCAGAUGCAGCCCCAAGAUUUGAAGACACAGACAAAGGCUCCUCCCCUGGUGCAGUCUCUGGACAUAUACCUUCCUCCCCUGACAGCCCCCAAACUCUUCCCUACCCCCAAGUCUUUUACCCCACAGAGUUCAUGCAUCCCAUGUACAGAUUUAGACCACCAAUGGCACCUUUCCCUCCUUUCAUGGGAGGCUACCCACCAGGGUCCAUCCCGCCUCAUGUAUUCUACAGAUUUCCUCGUAUGACACCGCCUGAUAUGGGAUUCUACAAUAGGUGAGAGGGUUAAAAGAUUCUGUCUUUUGAAAAGUAUUGUAAGCUUUAAAAAAAAAUGAUUUCUACAACUUCUCUUAACUUUUUUUUUUAAAAGGUUUUAUUUAUGACUCUAUUGGUUGCAGUGGUUUUUUGCUCCACUAAAUCUUAGGUGUAAGUAUAAUAUAUAGUUAUGUAUAGAGUGAUGGCCAUUUUAAGUCCAUAAAUUAAUUUAAAAAAAACAAACUUUCAUAAUAUUUUACACUGCAGUUCCUUGUAUUUAUUCUUGUUUGGCAGCCCAGCUGAAAUGGACAGUGAAGGUUUGAUGUCAUCCUCAUCAAGGGCACAGUGUCGAAUGAUGGCUGAGCAGAUUUUGAGAGACUCUGUACCAUUUGAAAGUCAACUUGGUAACAUAUUGUCCAGAAGGCCCAACUCAGAGGACAGUUUCAGAAUGGUCAAUCAGAUACGGUAAGAUCAAGGGAGAAAAUUAUAUAUAAAUAACAAGUAGCUAGAACUAGAAAGAGACUGAGAUAAAAUUUUAGAAGAAUAGUACAUAAAUCAAUGCUGCACCUGUUUCCUUUAGCAUUUGCUCUGGGGUAAUAUCUUGACACAAUUUCUCUAAGAAUAACCUUGUUGUUGUCACUACCUUAAAGUAUAUUAUAAGUAAAAAAGAAACAUCAACCAAAGGUUCAAUUUAGUGUUCAACCUCGUCUUAAUGUUUUUAAAUAAAAAGAAACAUUUUAUCACCAACGAUUUGGUUUGAAUGCCCACAGAGCAGAGCUCCAAAACCGUCUGGAGCAGGUGAUGUUGAUGGACAUAGAGGUAGCCAACAAGCACAACGUCGAGCAGACCUUGUGGAAGUCGGUGUACUACCAGGUGAUUGAAUCUCAUCGCAAGAGAAUUGUGGAGGAUUCCAAGGAUUUUGUGUCCAAGCAACGAUUGAUAGAUGUUUUAGAUGAGGUGAGGGCAUCAUGUGAACCAAGUUUUUAUAGCUAGAAACCUAAGACAUUUUCAAUGAGAUCAAAGCAUCAAGUGAUCCAUGUUUUUAUAGCUAGAAACCUAAGAUGUUUUCAAUGAGGUCAGGGCAUCAAGUGAUCCAUGUUUUUGUAGUUGGAAACCUAAGACGUUUUCAAUGAGGUCAGGGCAUCAAGUGAUCCAUGUUUUUGUAGUUGGAAACCUAAGACGUUUUCAAUGAGGUCAGGGCAUCAAGUGAUCCAUGUUUUUGUAGUGGGAAACUUAAGACGUUUUCAAUGAGGUCAGGGCAUCAAGUGAUCCAUGUUUUUGUAGUUGGAAAUCUAAGACGUUUUCAAUGAGGUCAGGGCAUCAAGUGAUCCAUGUUUUUUAUAGCUAGAAACCAAAAAGAAAAAACUUUAGUUAGAGACGUUUAUUUUGUCUUAGCACUUUCAUUUUAUUUUAAAUUUUGUAACAAUAAUGGUGUUAUAUAUUUUUUGUUCAGCAUAAUUUUAAAAAGCUUCAUGUUAAAUUUUCAUGAAUAUAAUUAUUAUAAAUGGAUUCCUUUGUCUGUAUAAUAUUGUUUUGUGGUUAUAUUAAAGACAACUCAUUUCUCAGGAAUAAUGUAACAAAUAAAAUUAUCUGAAAUGGAAAAAGAUACCCGGUACUUUCAUUCCUAAUAUGAUUUGAAGAAAAUUAAGUAACUUUAUGGACGUUACUAAUUAUGUUAGCUAAUCGUAAUGAGAAGCUAUAGAUUAUUAAGAUUCGCUUUGUGAUUCACAGUGGAAAGUCUGAUACACCUGCUUUAUUGCCAAAAGGGUGAAUAAAUAUUCUUCCAUUAAAAUUAAAUGGAAAUGUGCAUGAGCUGGCACUCAGUCAAGCGUCACAUAAAAUUAAGUUCAAUAUAAUGCGCUGCUCUCAUUUGCACUUUCAUGAUUCAACAGGGAACUCGAUUCUUUGAAAAUGUUCUGAAAAAACUCCAGAGCACUUUUGGAUUUGAUCUUGAAGUGUUUUCUGAUGGAAACAAGCCAGUGCCUGAGAAUGUGGGUCGCAAUGUGAAGUUUGCCCUGCUUAGUGCUCAGAGGGUUAUGAUGUUUUUAGGGGACAUCUCACGCUACAAGGAGCAAGCUUCAGACACAACAAACUAUGGCAAGGCCAGGCAGUAAGUCUCUAGAUAAGUGUGUCAGACUCUUCUUCUAUUAGUAGCGCAAUGUUUGCAGGGUGAAGAGGAUUGAAAAACCCAGUUAAUGGUGUGAACUUUUUAUUCUUAUUCUUGAAAGACAUGACAUCAAUUUUGGUUUACAAAUAAGAGCAGUCCUAAUUGUGAUUUGUGGGGAAAAAAAAUAAUGUCUGAAGGUAAGGCAAGAUAAAUUAACCAAAAGUCAUGUUGUUUUCAUCCCCCAAAAUGGGGAACAAGUCACAUUUUAUACUAAUAUUUUAUUUAAAUUUAUUAUAGCUGGUACCUCAAAGCUCAACGUAUUCAUCCUCGUAAUGGCAGACCAUAUAAUCAACUGGCUAUUUUAGCUGUCUAUACAGUAAGUAAUAGUGAAAUAUACAUUUUUGUAGUAGCUAGCAGGAAUUAAACAGCUUUGAGUGCAUUUAGUUAAAUUAACGGAUGAAUUUAAAAUCCAUUCAUAUUUCAUGUCUGCUUUUUAUUAUCGAUAAGCAAAAAACAUUGAAUUUGGCCAGGGGAAAGGGGGGGGGGGGGGGGCGCUGUGGGCAUCACUGAUAGACCUGCUUUCAUUGUUUCAAUAUUUGGUAAACAUUUUAAAGAUCAUAUAUUAAACUUUGACUUAAUUUUGAGAUAUGACAAAUAAGCAAAAAACAUUGAAUUUGGCCAGGGGAAAGGGGGGGGGGGGUGGGCGCUGUGGUCAUCCCUGAUAGACCUGCUUUCAUUGUUUCAAUAUUUGGUAAACAUUUUAAAGAUCAUAUAUUAAACUUUGACUUAAUUUUGAGAUAUGACAUCAAGUAAGAUUAUGAUAUGAAGAUUAUUAUAACUAGUGUAAAUAACACCAUGCAUUUCUUGCACUGCAGAGACGAAAGCUUGAUGCUGUGUACUAUUAUAUGAGAAGUCUUGCUGCAAGUAAUCCAAUUCUGACUGCUAGGGAAUCUCUUAUGUCUUUGUUUGAUGAAGUCAGGAGAAAGGUAAUUUUGUUUUAGAUACAUGUGUUUUGUUACAGAUCUUUUAACACCCUAAAUCAGUGGUUUUCUGACUCUGCCUUAGUCUGCACCCAUAAUAAUAAGGCCGUUCUUGUUGCACCAUUUAUCUCAAGACCAAAUAUUUAGGAAGUAACCCAACCAGACCCAGCCCUCCCAAGUAACCCAACCAGACCCAGCCCUCCAAGUAUGCCAACCAGACCCAGACCCUAAAAGCAAUAUGAAACAGCUCUCCUAAAUUAUUGCUUCUCUUAUAAGAACAAUAGUUAAUUUGUGUGCCUACAAACUUAUGUUUUUCUUGAAAUAACUGAAAAGAGGUAAAAAAAUGAAUACAGUAGGGAAGAUUUAUUGUGAUCAUGUAUCUGUUUAAUGAAACUUGAAUAACUGAAAAUUGGACAAACGUACACAUAUUAUGAAUUUUAAAAUCUUUUGAAAUUUUAUUCUAAUUUUUUAAAGCAGCUGAUUCUAAUAACCAGUGAUGACAAAUAACAGCACCUGCUGUAUGUUUUGUUCCUGGGUGUCUGAUCCAAGUGCUUUAAGCAAAGGAGCUAGCUUUCUUUCUUUAUAUAACUUAAUUUUAAGUGAAUUAUACAUUUAAUGAAUGGGGAAAGGCAAUUUAUCUGUUUGUUACCAAGGAAAAUUUUUCUCAGUGCUCAAAGUUUUUUUUUGUGUGUGUGUUCAUUUUGCAAGGUUGAUGCUGCUGAGAAAAAGAGAUUUGAAGAUAGGAGGCGCAGAAUGGCACUAAGACGCAAACCUCAAAUUCGAGGGCCUCGAGUAGAAAUCUGGGUCCAGCCAGAUGGGACAAGUACACAGGACAGGGUUGAGGAAGGAGAGGAAGAUGAUGACCUUAGUUCGUUGUCUGUCUUUGAGGUGGGUUUGACAUGGGAGUGGUUUGUUAUGACUGGGACAUAAGCUAUACAUAGUGAUAACGUGUACAGCUUUAUGGUUUAUUUUUUAUUUACUCCCUCUAUUACUCUGUACAAGUUUAUGACUUUUUUUGUUGGAUAUGAAUCUGACAAUGCAUUAAGUUGUGAGGUUUUAAUUCAGGAAUUUUUAAUCAAACUUCUAAUAAAGGAUACAUUUUUUAAUAAAUUAUAAAUAUAGGAUAUUUAUCUCAAUAUAUUUAUGUUAACACACUUAGUCUAAAGGUAAAUAAUUGUGCAUGUUUUACUUUUACCAGUUGAAUAAACGCUUUGUCCUCACUUACCUCAAUGUGCAUGGGAAACUCUUUACCAAGAUCAAGUAAGUUUCCUUUCCCAUGCUCCAUUUAGUAGGUCAAAACAACAUGCGACAAAAUACCACUUAGUCCCAUUGUUACCGCCCCCAGUCUUGAUGUUAUCCAUAUAGAAUAAAAUAUAUUUUUCAAUAACUAAUGUAUUCAACACAUAAUGCUAUAUUUAUUUAUAAAACCUUUUUUUUUUUUUUAAAUCUGCAAAUUAAAAUUUUUUUAUUUACAAUUCUAAUUGAAUUUUCGUGUACUUGAAUAAAUUUCUAUAAUUGAAAAUACCCUAAUACUUUGUCCAUAAAACAAAAUUUAAAAAUAUUAAUUUAUCUCUNAAACAACAUGCGACAAAAUACCACUUACUCCCAUUUUUACCUCCCCCAGUCUUGAUUUUAUCCAUAUAAAAUAAAAUAUAUUUUUCAAUAACUAAUGUAUUCAACACAUAAUGCUAUAUUUAUUUAUAAAACCUUUUUUUUUUUUUUAAAUCUGCAAAUUAAAAUUUUUUUAUUGACAAUUCUAAUUGAAUUUUCGUGUACUUGAAUAAAUUUCUAUAAUUGAAAAUACCCUAAUACUUUGUCCAGAAAACAAAAUUUAAAAAUAUUAAUUUAUCUCUUAAUUGCUCUUCCAUGCAUGAAAUCAUGUAAUGUAAGAAUAUCAAGUUUGUAGAAACUGUUAAAUCUUCCAAAGUUUCUUGUUGAGAGAUCAUACCUUGUAGCAUUAAGUAAAUUGAAAUAUUUAACACACAAAAAUCUGACAAAAUGACCGCCAUUGAAACCUCUGCAGUUUUGAGAUGUUCGCUGAAAGUUCAAGUUUGAUGCUUCAAGAAUACCAAAUUCUAAUCCAGCACUCUCCCUGUGUGUUCAGCAGUACCCGCCUUCUCCAGCUAAUGGUUAUCAACAUGUUCUCAGUGGACAACACAGCCCUGAAAGGUCAGUCCUCAGACUUUUUUUAGCCAGUUGGUCUUUAGAAAACUUUGGACAGUAGGACAGUUCAUUAAGGUUGAGAUCUUUUCAUGCUUGCCUUUAAGGAAACUCAAUGUGUGUUCUGCCUGGAUUUUUGUUUGUUUGGUAACUCAUCAAUCAUUUGAUCAUUGUCCCAGUCUGUUGACAACAUUGUCAGUUCUCCUGACACUUCAACAAAUAACCAAAGUCCUGACCAGUCUGAUGACCACUAAAUCUAAAAUAUGAAAGCAGACUCACAAAAAUAUUUAUUGGCGUAUAACACGCCCCCGCGUAUAACACGCACCCGCGUAUAACACGCACCUCAAUUUAAGAAAGAAAUUACAGGAAAAAACUAAACAUUAUAUAGGAGUAUAACACGCACACAUCAUUUGCCCCCUAUUUUCAGGGAGAAAAGGUGCGUGUUAUACGCCAAUAAAUACGGUGUGUAUAUAUAUAUAUAUAUAUAUAUAUAUAUAUAUAUAUAUAUAUAUAUAUAUAUAUAUAUAUAUNNNUAUAUAUAUAUAUAUAUAUAUAUAUAUAUAUAUAUAUAUAUAUGUUGUUUUAGAGCAUUUACUGCAAACAUUUUUGAUGAUGCCAGGGGUACUAAAAUAGCCUUUUUUUUUUUUAGUGCUAAGAAAUUUUAGAGAAAUAACAGGUGCUGAUAUAAAACUAAAUAUUCUGUGUUAUUUAGAAUGAGGCAUUACAUUCUUUUAGAACCAUGGAAUGGGUUCCUCUUUUUGUCUGUUUUAAACAAACUCUUGUAGGUGUCUCUAAAUUUUGUAUUCAGAGCUAUAUAAAUUAUGAAGUUGCAAGAGCUAUUUAAGCACACCACCAGAUUGAUCAUUUGGUACAUUAGACUGCCUAUGUUCAGAGGGCUGUCAUCUGUCAGAAGGUAUGUCACUUGUUCUGGUGCAACCACUGGGAGGGAUAUAGCGGUACAGCUUAGGGUGUACAUUCCACAGACAGCCAGCAGAGUCUUUGUAGUUUGGUACUUUGAAGAUUUUUUCGCACCUGCCCUUGUUAAUUUCCUCCGCCUCGAUGCUGCGACUUUUAUCUUGAUGCAUAUAACCAUACACCCGAGAAAUGUGAAAAGGGGAGCAAUCCUCAUGCUGAGGUUGGCCCAAGCCUCCUCACAGGCAGAGAUGGCGGGCCGGUCAUGCCUGAACAUGGGCGAGCGUUGUAUGUAGCUGUAAGAUGAGUUCUGUGACAGGUCAUGAAGGGAAGUCACCUCAAACCAAAAUGUGGUGUACAAAACAUUGAGGUACCAAAAUAUAAAAACUAUCACCAUCAUGAUCCAGGUUCUUUUUGGGGUCAUGAUCCUUGAGAAUUUGAGUGGGAAGAACACUGCAGCGAGCCUCUCGAUCGUUAUCAACAUUGGUAGAGUGAUGGAGACGUAACCAGAAGAGUAAUCGAUUAUUAAGAAAAGUUCAAAGCUGAUGAAGAGGAUUUUGUCAGUUAGCUUGGAAAAUGAGAAUAGUGUGUACCCGAGUCCGGCGUAGAUCAUUUUCGGGACGCUGUUGAAUCCGAGAAGAAACAGCAAGUCGCUGACAGCCAGACCAAAGAGGAGAACGUUUGAGGAUUUCUUCAAGCUCUGUUUCACCAGCACCAGGAUGCUGAGUAUAUUGCCAAUGAUACCCACAAGUGAGACAGCUGGGGUGACACCAAAUAGCAGGAUGAGCUUGAUAUUAUGGGCUGCUGUGGUGUCCACAAGUGGCUGUGUUGUGCUGUUUUUAAAUGUUAGCAUAUUGAAAGGACUUGGAACAAUAAUUUUUUUUAAAAAUUAAAGGUGUUUAAUUAUUCUCUUAUGACAUACGGUUGUCUUAUUUUUAACUAUUUUUAAGUCACCUACAAUAUCCUUUCAUUUUCUAAGAUCUAUCCUUUAUCAUCUCCAAAACAUUAUUUAACUGUCAAUGCCUACAUUAAUUUUGUAAAAGUGAUGCCUAUGACGUUUAUUUGCUCUAAGUUUUGUGAAACUUCCUUUUUGAAAUUCUCCCUUUUAAAAAUAAAAAAUUAUCUAUAUAUAUAUAUAUAUGUAUAUAUAUAUACACAUCUUGGUUUUCUAUAGUCACAGCUCUGAUAUUUUUAAAAGAAUCUGAGAAUCGUAUUAUAAGUGGACAUCUUUAACCUAAGUUGGGUUGGAUCAAUAUGAAUGCAAAUACUUUUUUUUUUUAAUGGCUAAAAUUUGUUUUAGUUGAAGUUGAGUCAAUAAAAAGAUUUAAUUGAAUUAUCUUUCUGUUUGAACAAUGUAACAGUGUGCAAAUAUAUUUAAACAUAGAAAUGCAUGAGCAAACAUCACCAUUAAAUUACUCUCUAGUCUUUUUUGAAAUUAUCUCAUUUUUCAAUUUUUAAAUAAGUUGAUUUAGUGGAAGAUUCUUUUGCAAUUAUCAUUUUUUUUUUUUUUAAAUGAGUUUGCCAUACUGAAUUUAUAUGCAUAGCAAAAAUAAAUAAUAACUAGAAAUCUUUACCAUAAUUGGAAAAAGCAGUUCUAUUAUUUUCCUAUAUUAGUUGAGAAUUAUAUAAAAUCUAUACAAACAUGCAUUUGGGUGAAGCAAUGAGGUUUAAUAAANUUUUUUUAAAUUUUCUUAUUUUUCAAUUUUUAAAUAAGUUGAUUUAGUGGAAGAUUCUUUUGCAAUUUUUUUUUUUUUUUUUUUUAAAUGAGUUUGCCAUACUGAAUUUAUAUGCAUAGCAAAAAUAAAUAAUAACUAGAAAUCUUUACCAUAAUUGGAAACAGCAGUUCUAUUAUUUUCCUAUAUUAGUUGAGAAUUAUAUAAAAUCUAUACAAACAUGCAUUUGGGUGAAGCAAUGAGGUUUAAUAAAAAUGAGAACAAACAUUGCAUGAUUAUAUUGCAAUUAACUAUGAGCUAUAAUAAGGGGCGUGGGGUGGGGGGGGGGUGGGGUGGGGUGGGGGGGAUUCCCUCUGUUUAAGUAAUCCAAAUAGGAAUUAUAGAAUAAGGUUUUUUCCCCACAGAUCAAAUAUUGGGCUCCAAAGGGAGCUGCUAACACUAAGUAAACUGUCAUUAGUUUUUUUAUCAAGAAAACUCUAAUUGUGCUAAUUAGUCUUGCUUCAGAUAUAAUUUAUGGCACACAAUAGAUAUAAGGAACAGCAAUGGGGACUGUACUUUACUUUUUUUUUUAAUAUUCAUAUUCUAUGCAAGACUUGAAACAUAUCUGUAACUUAUCAGUUUAUAAACAUUUGAAUGGAAUUGUUUUGUUUUUUUAUGCCUAAGCAAAUAUUUUAUCAUAGUUUUUUUCCAUACCAUUAUUGGAGAAACCUACAGGCAUUUGUUUAUUUAGCACUGAUGUGCGAUUUAGUUUUGUUUAAAUUUGGUAUUUUGUCUGUGCUUUAGCAACAGCAUUGUUUAUUUCGUUGUGAUAUUGCCAUAAUUAUAAGGAAUUAUUUGGAACUCAGUAGGGAAAAGCAGGUGAUUAUGAAGUACCCUGUAUUAUAGCUGAAACUUAAUCUCAUUUGGAAACAUUCCAUGGCUUAUAGCUGAAACUAAUCUGUCUCAUUUGGUAACAUUCCCUGGAUUAUACCUGAAAGUAAUCUGUCUCCUUUGGUAACAUUCCCUGGAUUAUACCUGAAAGUAAUCUGUCUCAUUUGGUAACAUUCCCUGGAUUAUACCUGAAACUAAUCUGUCUCAUUUGGUAACAUUUUUUUUAGUAUCAAUUACAACAAAAAGAGUUUAACCUUAACCUGCAAUUGUUUUUUUUUUUUUUUUGUUGCUCAUUAACUAUAUUUUCUUUUAUCUUGAUGUUUAGAUUAGUCUCUUGAUAUCAAUUACAACAAAAAGAGUUUAACCUUAACCUGCAAUUGUUUUUUUUUUUUUUUGUUGCUCAUUAACUAUAUUUUCUUUUAUCAUGAUGUUUAGAUGAGUCUCUUGAGGAGCAGUGUCGGUCUGUGUUGCAAGAACAUGCUGUGGAGAUUGGACUUGAGAUGUUUGGACUGCUGGUGAGGAGGAGCUGUGAGCUGCUGACUGCACAGAUAGAAGCACAAAACAGCCGCAAGAAAGGUAGCGAUGGUGGCACCAUUUGGGAGACCAAUGGUUCAAAUUGUCAUUAUAAAAGUGGUAGCACCGACGGGGAGACUAAUGGUUCAGGUUGUCAUUGUAACGAUGGUGGCACUGUCAGGGAGACUAAUGGUUCAAGUUUUUUUGGUGGUUUUUUAUGUCCAAGAUGAAAAGAAAACUGCCCAAGAUUUGAAUAAUUUCCUUAUUGGCUCACAUUGAUCAGCUUAAACCUUCAAUGUAAAAAAUGUGAACAUGCACCAAAUCAAAUUUUCAACAGCCAUAGUCUGCAGAAAAUUCAAUAUAUUUUUUUGGGUGGUUCUAUUACAAUGGAGGAUACCAUUAUAGUAGCCAUUCAAAUGUAGAAUCCUUUAGUUAAUUUUUAACCCUCAAACACCUUAAUAUUUGUAGUUAACCUUAACAAGUAGGGAACAAUUGGAAAUCUCAGACAAUGGCCCCGGACAAAUAUCCAAUUCUUUUCAAGUAUUCACAUCGGCACAUACUACUAUUACUAAAGAUGCAGAUAUGAAUAAUUAUAAGUGAUAAUGCACUGUGAAUUUUUUCAUGAAUAAUGUACAAAUGGUACUUGGAUUUGUACCCGGAUUUGGCAAGUAGUGGCACUAAAAAACUCGGAUUCGGUACCUGGUUAAAAUGUCUAACUGGUUGUUCCCUAUAAUCAAGUAUCAGUUAUAUCUGCUACUCAUGUGUCUUGCAAAUAACAGCAGUGAACGAUUUCCAUCUGAUCGUGCCUAGGAGAAAGCAGUGAGAAUCCUCUACCCCCAAAGAAAGCCAGCCUGAGUAGAGCAGACAGCUACGUUCCACUGGAUGAAGACCUUCACCUCAUGCUGCCAGCUCUCAAAACAUGGGUGGACUGGAUGAUGUGUCACCCACACCUUUGGAACCCACAGCCUCUGAACAGGCCUCCGGACCUCGGGUAAGCUUGACUGUGUACUUUGACUACUUGUGCUACCUCCUUGUUAGUAAACAAGCAAAACAAAGUAUGGGCAAACCUGAAAAGGGGAUGCAACAAAACAACGAUCGUGUUGGCAAGAAGUUUUCUUCAGCGAACACAUAACAGUAAAACAAUAUCAAAGUAAACACCUAGCUGCAGUGUAGUAUAUGAGAGGGCAGCAGGAGGAAUGUGAUAGGCAAAUAGUUGGUGAGAGGGCGAAAACAGACAAAAUUGGAUGAAAGAGAGGAAAGUAAGUCCACUGGGAUUGGUUGUAACAUUGAAAGGGGUGGUGGCAGAGAAAGGGUUUAAGUGAAUGAGAACAUGACAUUCAAGCCAUGUGGUUGUGGUAUCACCACAUCCUCUUGCUGUCCUCUCGCAUAUUACAUUGCAGCUAAGUGUUUAUUUUUAAUUUAUGUUGUUUUUACAGUUCUUUUUUCACUGAAGAAGGCUUCUUGCCGUCACGUUCGUUGAUUUGUACAUCCUUUUUUCAGGUUUUCCCAUUCUUUGUUGUGUCUGUUUCCUUUUACAUAACCUGACUGCAAAGUCCCUCCCCUUUAGUACUCUUUGUCAGUACUCUUGACUACUUGUGCCAGCUCCUUGUUGGUGCUGUGACUACUUAUGCUACCUCAUUACCAGUCAUUUGACUAAUUGUGCUGCCCCAUUAUUAGUUAAUUAAUUCAGGAUAUUCAGUUUCUUUUCAUUUCCUAUGACUGAGUAAAAAAUCCAUAUUAUAAUUAAAUCAAUUAAAAUUAUUUCUGGCUGCUCACGAGUCUGACAGGAUUUGAAACUGUGGGUGUAAUAUGGAAAUGUCAUUAAGCAUUAUUUCGAUAGCCAUUUAAAUUAAUCAUUGUUAUUGAUUUGAAGCUUGCCCAAGUCAAAUGAUAAAGCUGACAUUAAAGACACAUGAUUUAUUAGACAUUUUGGGCAUGCAGUAAUGUUUGGAUCACAGAGAAGGACCUUAAACCCAUGUGGUCAAGUUUGUUUAACCUGAUGAUGGUUCUCAAUCAAAAUUAAAUUCUUUUACUUUUAGUCCACAAAUAGAUGUGUGGAAAAAUCUGGCUACUUUUUGUGACCUCUUGAAUGCUGUGGAUACAAAACAAGGUUGUUUGAUAAGAGAGCAAAAGGAAGGUUGGUUAUAAGCUGUUUUUUUAAACUGAAUUAAAUAAGAGUUUCGUUAAUAAAUUUCCUGCGAAGCUUAAACUGUACUGUUGUACUCAAAGGAAAUCUUUGGUAUUAUUAAGGAAACUUUAAGUUCUUUUAAUUCAACCACUUCUUGUUCCUUUACAGUUUUUUUUAUGUAGCCUAUUGUUCCGUUUAUUUUUUAAAUCUCAUUUUAUUCACACACAGGCUUGUCAGAAAAUUCCCUUUUAAGUAGAAUUCAAACUGGCUAAUAUCCUGAAAUUGAAACUUUUAAAACAGUGUUUCCCAACCUUUUUGGCCCCACAACCCCCUGAGCACCUAAAAAGCUUUAAUGUACCCCUUGUCUUGUUUAACAUCCCCUUCCUCCCCUUUUGAAAUGUAAAACACCCCCUCCCUCCCAACUAAGUGCCCCCCCCCCAAUCUUAAAAAUUGCCCACCUGUUCUUUAUUGUAUGCCACAUGUUGGUAAAACACUUGUUUCAAGUAUAAUUUUAAAAGCCAACAUAUUACCCCUUUUUAAAUGUAAAACACCCCCCCCCUCCCAACUAAGUGCCCCCCCCCCCCCAAUCUUAAAAAUUGCCCACCUGUUCUUUAUUGUAUGCCACAUGUUGGUAAAACACUUGUUUCAAGUAUAAUUUUAAAAGCCAACAUAUUCACUAUGUUAUCAUGUAUGAAACAGGUUAUGAGCCAGUGAUUCUUCACGAGGAUACAACAUUAGCUGGUUUUGUUCCAAUGUUGAGUGCGCCUCAGGAGGUGUUCUACGCUGACUCCACCAUUGACAAAGAAAUAGCUGAAGAUUGGCUGAGGAUAGAAAAACUGAGGCUGUUUGGAGAGUAUCUCUGUGGGGUUGAGCCACCUCUGCUGGCCUACAAUGUGGAGAGUGGCAAGUACUAUUCUGUGGCCCCAUCACCCACACGGUCUGAGGAGAAACUUGUCGGCGAUGAGGCAAGGGACUCUGGAGAGGAUGUAAGACUUUUUUUUUAAAAAAUCAUCUUAUAUAUGUAACCCUACUAGUGUAUUUUUCAAACAUAUAUUUUGUUAAUAUAUAGAUAUAAAUGAGAAUUAUUGUUUCUUACAUGAUAUGAAAUGUGUAAAUCACCUUAAAUCGGAAACACAAAAACUACGCUAUGUUGAGUUCUACAAUAAAAAGUAUUUAAAGCAAAUUUUUUCAUGAAAUAGCUCUCUAAAUUAGGGUAAUCAUGUUGUGAUAAUAAGAUUUUACUGUUAAAAAAUUGUAUUUGUGAUCUGAAGGCAAACUAAUUGUAUUUUCACUAAACUCAAAUUCAGAAAAUCAUUAAACAUUAUUUUAAUAAUGGACAUGAAAUAAUUAAAAAUGUGACACCAUAUUUGCUUGCUAUCAGUCUGAUGAUGUCAUAAUUGAACAUGAUGACUCGGAUGGAGACUCCACCAAAGACAACAAAGAGAAGAAUGACAUUGAGCUGCUGAAAGCUAAGAAGGCAGAGCUGAAUAGGCAGAGGGAGGAGCGGGAGAAGAAUAAGGAGAACAUGGAGGUCUGUUACUUUGGCUGUUUCAAAGCUUAUGUGGAACAAACUUUUUUAAUGUAAACAUUAUCUUAAAUUUUAAAGAUUCAAGACUUUACUGAUGUAGUAGAGUUUUUAAAGAAUGAUUCUUACUUAUAUUGUUGGCACUUUAAAAUAAAAAUAGCACUUAGUUCUAUUAUUUUUACGAGAUAAAUCACAUCUGUUGUGUUUGAAUGUGACAAAAAACAACUCAUCUGAAACUUAAGCUUACUCUGCACAUUUGUUUUUCCUAUCAGGCAAUAUUAGACAGCCACAGACAUGCCAAGAUUGAGCUUGAAAUCUGUCCAAUUUUCCUCAUCCCUGACACCAACUGCUUCAUUGACCAUUUUUCAACAUUGAAGAAAAUUCUCCAAACUAAAAAAUAUACAUUGGUUGUUCCCCUUGUUGGUGAGUUUCCACAGUAUUUGAAAACAAAUGUUGUUCUUUAAUUUUCUGCCCCAUGAAUUAAAUUGUAUACAUUUGAAAUAAUCAUUAAUGCAGAAAAAAAUUAGCGUGUAUUUUAUUUUUCUUGUCACCUAUAUUCAUAUUGACAUCUCCAAAUUUGAGUGCUUAGCAAUCUAACAGACGAAAAAUUAAGCAGUUAAAAAGAACCCGUUCGGAAUAUUUGUUUUUUUUCGCAUUUGUCCUUCACAUGUGAAGGUGACCAAGAGUACGGAGGUGGCUUGUCAGUUCUAUUUUUACCUGGAAACCUCCCUCACACGUGGGACACACAUUUUUUUGGAUCCUUGGUGGAUUUGAGUUGAUUCUGCUUUUCCUUGCUGUGUGCUUCCUUUGGGAGUGAUCAGUGCACCGAUUCUUUGAGGACUUUGCUCAGUCAGUGAGUCUUCCAUGAUCCAUAGCAAGUGUCUCCCACGAAUCAAGGUCACUAUCCAAGGAUUGAGUGAAGCUUUUAGAUAUCCUCCAAGCAUUUUUUUUUCUGCCCACCAUCUGAGCGUUUACCACUGGAGAGUUCGCCGAGCAUUAGUAGUUUGGGAAGUAUGCAUUCUUGCAACAGCUCUGCCCAUCUUGCUUGUCCUUUUGAAACUAUACGCUGAUUUCAACACAAGCAAAUGACUCAACAGUAAUCUCUAUUUGGCUGUUUCAAAACAUUCCUGAAUCAGUUGCAAAAUUAAGCAGAUGUCAAACUAAUGUCACAGUGGGGACUCCCUUACAUUCCAGCACAUUUCUCCUGCCGUAUACGUUAGUGUGAUAGCAAAAGUUUGCAUGCUCAACUUUAAGAAUUAACACAGAAAGUGUUGUAAAUGUUGUAAAAAAUGUUUUUUGGUUCCUUUGAGCUUUCUUAAGAAAUAUAAUAAUAUUGUUUAUUCAGUGAUUAAUGAGCUGGAUGGCUUAACUAGAGGGGCAAGAGACAAGCAGUACGACAGCCCUGACCAUGCACACAAAGUCAAGACACAGGCACAGGCAGCCAUUGAGUUCUUAGAGGCAGAGUUUGAGGUUAAAAACCCAAAUUUGAGGGCGCAAACUGCCAAGGGCUCUAUUCUAGAAACUAUUGCCUUCAGGAG